CAACUAUCACCAGGAUUUAUUCACCAAAAUGCGCACAGAACUGGAAGGGGACGAAGCUCCCCGUUCUGCCGACCGAGGAAAGGAGGAGUCUUUCACACAGAAUACUCAUAAUACCCCAUCCAUGACCUCUGAGCUAUCGAACACCAAACAGGAACCUGAGAUGCUUUCAGGAGAUACUGCACAGAAAGUGACUGAUCCUAUCACCAACGCUGGAGAAGAUCGCCCGGAGGAGUGGAUUAAAGGCAUUCCCCUGCUCAUGGUAACUUCAGGGAUUACUCUAGUCAUAUUCCUGAUGUUGUUGGACAUGUCGAUAUUAUCUACAGCCAUACCGCAGAUCACGAACCAAUUCCACUCCCUCGAGGACAUCGCCUGGUACGGCAGUGCUUACACGCUGGCGAGCUCCGCCCUUCAGCCUCUUACAGGGAAGUUCUACACCUACUUCACCUCCAAGUGGGUAUUUCUGGGCUUCUUCGCAGUCUUCGAACUGGGCUCCUUGAUAUGUGGCGUCGCUACCUCGUCGAGAAUGCUCAUUGUCGGCCGAGCUGUUGCCGGCAUGGGGUCCUCGGGCAUGGCCAACGGUGCUCUGACUAUUGUUGCUGGUGCUGUUCCGAUGCAUAGAAGACCAGUUAUGGUUGGCAUUAUGAUGGGAUUGUCACAGAUUGGCCUGGUUCUGGGCCCUCUGAUCGGUGGUGCGUUGACCACGUAUACGACAUGGCGCUGGUGCUUCUACAUCAAUUUACCAAUUGGAGCACUAGUUGCUGCCCUCUUGGUGUUUACGCGCGUUCCCGAGCAACGAGAAAAGGGUCGAGCGGUUGAAGUUCUGCCAACGUUCUUCAAGACGUUCGAUAUCCUCGGCGCUACCGUCAUCGGCCUGUUCUGCGGUGCCGGUGCAAUGUUCCUUGUCUUUCUGGCAUGGGAGUACCGCAUGGGGAAAGACGCCAUGAUUCCAUUCCACGUGGUUCGCAACCGGAUCGUCUCCUGCAGCUGUGUGGUUAUCAUGACUUUGUUCGGGAUGACAAUCACUGCGUCGUACUAUUUACCGAUAUACUUCCAGGCAGUAAGAGACAAGACGGCGCUGGUUAGCGGUGUUGAUUUGUUGCCGGGUGUGCUGUGCCAGAUUUUCAUGGCUUUGGUCACGGGGGCUCUUACCGGAAGAAUAGGCUACUAUCUCCCCUUUGCCGUUCUCGGCGGCAUCCUCAACGCCGUCGGAUGUGGUCUUCUGUCGACCUUAUCACCCACCACUCCUACACGCGAAUGGGCCGGCUAUCAAGCUCUAAUAGGAUUUGGUCGAGGAGCAGGAUUGCAGACGCCUAUGAUAGCCGUUCAAAACGCCGUCCUGCCCGACGAGUUGUCAACGGCCAUGGCUAUCCUGACCUUUAGCCAGACCAUUGGCGCUGCUAUCUUUCUUGCGGUCGCAGAAGUCAUCUUUUCUCGUGGUCUGAGAAGUACUAUCCCGCAGUACGCCCCUACAGUCGACCCCGAAAGGGUGAUUGCUGCUGGUGCGACUGGAUUCCGAGGCAUCGUGUCUGAGGCAAGUCUUCCCGGAGUUCUGCUCGCUUACUCAAAGAGUAUCGGACACAUUUUCUAUCUGAUUGCUGCGCUGAGUGUGGUGCAAUUCUUUUUUGCAUGGGGGAUGGGCUGGAAGAAUGUUGGCAAGCCCAAAGAGGACAAGUUGAAAAGGGAAGAGGAAGGGGAGGUAAAUAGUUGAAGUUGAAAACCUGCGAGAUCUGAAGAUAGAGAGACUCCACUCACGUUCUACUGUCAGGGGACUUAAACAUAGAUUAGCG